AUGCAUCCCCUUCAGUUGCAUCUCGUACAGAGUCUUCUUUCCUACCCUGUUUCUAACUCGUUGGGGGAUGAAUGGCGUCGGUGUGAUACGGGUACCGCAGCUGUUGUUCAGUACUGUGAUGUCCUCGAAGAAGGCCCGUUAAGGGGCCGGCCUAAACGGAAGACUGCUCAGCAGCAGAGCGAUGAGCAAUCAGCCCCAAAGGAUGUCGACUCGGGCGAGGUGCCUGUCUCUGUACGUCGGAAACCAUUACGAGCUACUAGGGAGUAA